AUGGCCUUCCUCUUCAAAAGCAGGAAGAACGCGCCGCCCGCCGCAGGCGGCUUACCCCCUGCCAGUCGAAACAUCCAUACCUCCGACGGCACUCCCACUUCUGCUUCUUCAGCGCCCAACGGCGGUUCCAUAGACAGCACAGGCGAGAGAUCGACACAGUCGCCGCCUCCUAAUGCUAAUCCCACUUCCAAUCCCAACGGCUCCAUGAGUUCCAUGAACUCGACCUUGGCCGCGGGACCCGCCUAUCCGCGCCGGGAAAGAUCAGAAUCAGAAUCUGGAGCACGACCAUCGACGGCUUCGUCACAGCCGACUCAAGUCCCCAACGCCGCCCUUUAUCCCUGGUCGCAGCGGCGGUUGAAUUUCCCUACUCCACAAUCCAAUCCUUUUCCUCGCUAUGGCGCGGCUGUGAAUGCAAUUGCCUCAAAAGAUGGGGAUAUUUAUAUUAUGGGUGGCCUCAUCAACGGUUCCAUGGUCCGGGGCGACUUGUGGAUGGUCGAGUCAGGCGGUGGUAAUCUCUCCUGUUACCCCAUCGCAACAGUGUCCGAAGGACCCGGCCCCCGCGUUGGUCACGCAAGUUUGCUUGUUGGCAAUGCUUUCAUUGUAUUUGGCGGUGAUACGAAGAUGGAUGAUAACGACGUGCUUGAUGACACUUUGUACCUGCUUAAUACCUCUUCUCGACAAUGGUCCCGGGCAUCGCCUCCGGGUCCACGACCAUCUGGACGGUAUGGCCAUACCCUCAAUAUCCUGGGCUCCAAGAUAUACAUUUUUGGGGGCCAGGUCGAGGGUUAUUUCUUCAACGAUUUAAUAGCUUUCGACCUGAACGCCUUACAAAACCCGCAAAAUCAGUGGGAGUUUCUGUUGCAGAACACGGGCGACGACGUUGUUGGCCCGAAUGCGAAAGUGCCUGCUGCAAGAACGAACCACACGAUUAUCAGCUAUAAUGACCAGCUAUUCCUAUUUGGAGGCACCAAUGGCACGCAGUGGUUCAAUGAUGUCUGGACAUACAGUCCUGUCACCAACGUUUGGACACAGCAAGACUGCAUAGGAUAUAUUCCUGCUCCCCGUGAAGGCCAUUCCGCGGCCUUGGUCAACGACGUCAUGUACAUCUUUGGCGGCAGGACUGAAGAAGGUACAGAUCUUGGUGAUCUAGCGGCCUUCCGCAUCUCAUCAAAGCGUUGGUACACUUUCCAAAACAUGGGCCCGUCGCCGUCACCGAGGUCUGGUCACAGUAUGACGGCGUACCGCGACAAAAUCAUCGUUCUUGCUGGGGAGCCCAGUUCCGCGCCUCGGGAUCCUGCAGAGCUCAGUAUGGUUUACGUACUAGACACCGCAAAGAUUAGAUAUCCAAAUGAUGCACCAGCCACCGGCCAACCUGCAGGAUCGGCGCAGCCCAGCAGUCCAACCCGACGACCAAGCACAGAGGCCAGGUCUGCAAUGCCCAUCCGCUCAACAUCUCGAGAAGGGGCAAGGAGCCAGAAUGCAGCUCGCGAACAGUUCUCCGGCGGUCCGGUCCAACGGCCAGACCCUGCCACACAAAAUGGUUCACAGUCGCGACUACCGCGAGCAUCCAUAGGACAGGCGCCUGCUGGACCUCCGCCCCAGGGACAAGCGCCAACGCCACGUACGAAUGGUGUCCAUUCCCCUCCCAAUGCGCCUAACGAGCCAAAAGCCAGAUACAAUGGUCCUCCACUCGACACCAGAGGUGCAGUCGCCAGUCCGAAUGGAGUCCGAACUGCGCCUCCAGACGGGGUAAUACAACCGCCGGCAGUGAGAGAUGUUCAGAAAGAGAAUAUCAGACCUAGCCGCGAAGGCAGCCCAAGCACGUAUGGCCGUAGGACUCCAACUCAACGGACAGAGUCGAAGGCAAAAGCUAUGGAAGCAGGUGAAGCGGCUCCUCUCAUGGGCAGCGGGGUUGCUAGACAACGAUCACUACGAUCCCAAAGAGCCCAGAGUUCCAUCGAUAGCACCGAGGACGGAGUUCUGGGACGCUCGUCAUCCGGCAGACAUCAUGCGGAACCACAAGGUGAUAAUCGCAGCUUACGUAGCAUGCCAGGUGAUGAGCCCAAAUCUCCCAGGAUGAAUGCUCAUCAAGAGGCUCUGCUAAAAGAGCUCGAAACUGCGAAAAGGACAAACGCCUGGUAUGCCUCAGAACUGGCUCUUGCUCGAAAGCAAGGUUAUCACACCGGCACUUCCUCCAGUCCUACUUUCGACGAUCGCACUGUCAGCCAAGUUGCAGAUGACGAUCGGCCGCUAAUGGAAGCCUUUAUGACGAUGAGGGCAGAGAUUAUCAAGAUGCAAGAAGCAAUGGAGACACAAGCCUCAUCAAUGGCAAGGCGGAUUGCUGAGGUUGAACAUCAGCGUGAUGCCGCCAUUACAGAAGCUGCAUACGCAAGAGCUAAGCUUGCAGCUCAUGGCGGUAGCCAGCGCAGCACGCCUCAGCCUGAUGCGAUGCGCGAACCCGAUGAGCAGGAACGUUUCACUGAUCUUACACGCCGUCUUGCAUUGGCUCUCGCUGCACAGUCCGAGCACAAAGCCAAGCUUGAUUCUUUGAACAACGAUCUUGCUUCCGAAAGAAAAGCUCGAGAAUUAGCAGAGGAGUCUAUGGACGCUCUGCAGCGCCGUUAUGAUGAGCUGAGCAAGAAUCGAAACCCGGCUGAACUCGAAGGUCUCCGCGCGGAACUGCACGAAGCUCAGAGCUUGGCUCGGGCCGAGGCAGGCCGCAGAGCUGAAGUUGAAGAAGAGUUGCGGACGCUGCGGGUUGAUCACGACAGCUUGGCGAAGACGCACGAGGACACGUCCUCUCGGCUGGCGAGCCAUACUUCUUCGUUGGCUGCUUUGGAAGCCGCCGUCGCUGCAUCAACGAGCAAAGCAAGCCUAUACGAACGGCAGAUUGAGGAAGAGCGCGGGCAAAGAGAAGUCGCUGAGAGAAAGCUAUCCCAGCUAAGAGCCGAGCAUGAAGACAGAACCACGGAACUAGAAACCGUCACGAAACGCCUGCAUGAUGCCGAAGAACUGGCCGAGACUCAUGCCAGAGAAGCCUCGACUCAUCGCGAGGCUCUGCUCGCCGGCCUGGCCAAGCUGUCAUCUUCCGAUUCAGGCUCUAAACAAGACGCCGUGGCCGAGCAGAAAAUGGCAGCUCUUCGUGAGUCAGCCGAGCAAGCCUCGAGUCUGGCCAGGCGCAAUCAGGAAGCUGCGGAUAACGCAGCACAGAAGCUUCGCAAUGCAGAAGAACGAAUUGCGGGGCUGGAGGCAUAUCAAGAACAGUCCAGUCGCGAGGCCCUCCAAAUCCGGCGACAAUUACAGACGGCUUUGCGGGAUGCGCAAAACUAUCAGGCCGAGAUUCGUGAAUUACGAUCGAACCUCGAAAUGCAUCAACGCGAUGCCAGUGCACUCGCAGUUCAACACAGUGCGCUCAAAGAUCUAUUGGGUGAACGCGGCAUGAAUGUCUCCGAUGUGAGGCGGUCGCCGAUAUUUGAUCACUCUCCUAGCUCUCGGUUCGGCACUCCGGAGCAAGCUCGUCUCCGAGAACUCGAUCAGCAGUUACAAGCAAGUAUCAAAGCCCACGAAGAGACUAAGAGUCAAUUCGAGGCUCGUAUGCAAGAAGCUGACAGUACCUACAAGGAGAAGUUGGAGCAACUUGAAAACGAUUAUCAAUCUGCUGUACACUACGUCAAGGGCACUGAGAAGAUGUUGAAGAAAAUGAAGGAGGAGCUUACCAAAUACAAGUCUCAGAACGCCCAGCUGACGGGCGAGUUGGAGACUGCUCGAAGCACGAGUGCGGCUUCUGGAACCGCCGCGGACACCUCGGGCUGGGACGACGAACGGAAGCAACUCCAAUCUUCAAUUGAAGAGAUGAAGGCUCAGACGAACAAUCAAAUUGCUCAACUGGAGUCGAACAUUACAUCGUUGAAGUCAGAUCUUGCAUCUAUCCGGGCAGAAAGGGAUCAGCAGAAGGCUAGCUAUGACGAGCUCACACAAACCGCGCAGAGACUGGGCACAGAACUGGAGCAGCUGAAAUCGGAAAAUUCCAUGCUCGAAAAGCAGGCUGAAGAGGCGCAAAGCCGGGUAACAAUGCUCCUUGAUCAAGUGGGUCAGUCUGUAGGAAACUACCGACGGCAGUCACAAUUACAGCCACUGGCUCCUGGUGCCACCGGGGUUGGGCACAACCGAGAGGAAAGCACCUCGACGCUGACAGAUGUCUCGGUCAAUGAUGACGCUUUGUCCCGGGACGAACGAGGGUCUAUUGCUUUGGACAACUUGGCUUCCGAACUAGAGACGCUCCGAUCACAAUGGGAGAGUACGAGCAGGAACAACUAUCGGCUCAGCACGACUUUCGACUCAGAGAGGACACCUACAACAGAGACCCAUGGGACAGAGCUGAGUGAUAAUCUCGCCAACUGGAGGCGGCGACUCGAAGAGGAAGAAAAUGGAACGAGAGAAACAUCAGCCGUUGCUUGA